AUGCUAAAUUUGAGCGUAGUAGCUUCCCUACUAGCCAUGGUUACGGUCGUCAAUGCAUGUCAUCCACAGUUUGAAAAAGAACUGCGAUAUUUGGAUCUUUAUUUGGGAGUGCAACCGGAUAAUGACGGGGAAAUCCCGUCGAAAGAUGCUUCGCAAUUUGCCUCCUACAUUCCUCAAUCUGAUGCGCUCAACUGCGAUUUGGAAAGCGAAUGUUUAUGGAGAAAUGCGCCCAGUGAUGGUCUACUCGACACUUCUGAUUUUUGGUAUUUCAAGAAAACUGAUGGUAAACUACUUCCGGUCCAGGUUCAACCUGGUCGAGCGGAUAUUGCUCAAGGAUCACAUUUACUGCUAGCUGGAAACACUUCGACUACGGCUGAUAGCGCAGUUCUGAUCAGUGCACCGAUUGCUUGCCAAAGAAAACCAGGAAACCUGACAUUCCACUAUUGGCUCUAUAACAGCGGCAGAGUCGAAGUAAUAGUUGCUCGAGCUACCUAUCGUCGAAGACAUCUACAGACAAUAUUUCGUCCAAAAAUCAAUUGUCACAUUCUUCGACCUGGCAAUGAUAUCUGUGUGGUGAACAUACCUGCAGUCAACGAACCAUUCCGGCUGGCCAUCAGGGCGUUCAAUCUCAAGGACAAUGUUGUCGGUAGUAUGGUUAUUCUUAAAAACAUAACUUACGAUGCAAUAGUAUGCAGCGAAUCACCCUUCCCUCUAAUAUUCGGUUCAAAGCCACUGCUACCGAAAUCAUCGAAACCGAUUGAGAAACUUUCGGAUUUGGAUUGCGAUCAUCCACAGAAGAGAUGCAGAUGGAGCAAUGCCGAAUCGACGGCUUCAGAAUGGCGAAUUGGUCGUAAUGUCGAAAGAUGGCACGAGCUGAUGGAGGUAUCGGCUCAGGACAAAUCGCAUCCAACGUCUUCGUUCCUGUUUCUUGCCGUCGAUGCAGUUUCACCUCGACUUUAUGCAAAGCUUCGUAGCGAUCUGAUCCCAUGUACACAAGCAACAACCACACUUUCCAUGAAGUUCUGGCUCAAAGCCGGUACUCAAGUCGAAAUAUGUGCAGUGGAUGUCGAUGGCUUAGUACUAAGCUGUGCAUAUCUCAGCGAAGGCGAUUCACCCGGACCGAUUGAAAUUGAUGUCGACCCGUAUAGUCGACCAUAUAGGUUUACGCUGGAAAUGGUCGCAUUCGAUGAGGCCUCGAUUGGAUUGGUAGCCAUAUCGGAUAUACGGGUGAAAGGACUACUGUGUAGCGAGGAACCACCUCCGAUCGUCACCACUAUCGAUCCGCCGACCGUAAAAAACUUUUCAAACUUCUGCACUCUACUUGUGGAGCCAUCUAGGCCUACUGUAACCAUUGUAAACCCACCACUACCUGUUCAGAUUGUCUCCUUAUUUGGUCUACAACAUGGUCCAGGCCCCAACGUGCCUUACUCAUUAGACUUGAACUGCGAUUUUUCAACGGAUUACUGUAGUCAAUGGGUGAACGAUGACGGCCUGGUGGCAUACGGUGUGGCACCGAGUAAUAGCUUCAAAUUUCCGGUUCCUGAUGAGAUUCAAGGAAAUGUGGCCACAUUCCUACUGGAAGGCGCAAAAGCUUCAGUAUUACGGUCAAGAGAAGUGCCAUGUGCUUAUGGUGCAAUCGUGUCGGUCACCUAUAUGAAAUCUGAACAUAGUAUGGUCCGUCUCUGCGCUCUUAGCCACUGUGUAGACGGCAACACUCCGUUCGGUACAAUGACAAUAAAUGCUACCUCUGCGGAACCAUUUGAGUUUUCCAUCGAAGCUGCAUCACGAAAGAAUGCCAUCGUUGUGAUCAAGAAGAUUGACGUCUACGGUGAUGUCUGCACUUUGAAAACUGCCCAAGAACUGGUUUGUGAUAAGCUGCGGUGUACGUUCAAUGAGAAUCUUUGCAAGUAUGACUCGCCACUGCAAAAACAAGGUGACGUGCCACUGAUCAUCGGUCCAACAGGAGCAACUGCCACUCUUGGUGUUGGAUCUCAUCGGGCGAUUCUAAGAAGCGUACGUUUUGAUUUGCCAUCACCGGUGAUGCUGAACAUCACAAUUACACAGGCUACUUACGGAUCACGAGUACUUCUCUGCCCAGACAUCACCAGUGAAUUCGAGUCCUGUCACGAGCUUCUGGGUCCCCGAGUGGAGGAAACGAUGAAAAGAACCGUAAUGUUCGCUCUGGAUGCUGCAGCUCACCGUUUUGCCGUCGUACUCUACCACGACAAAGCUGAACAGUUCGGUCCAGCCGAUUUCAUCAUUCACUCUAUAGAUAUAUCAACAACGGACGAUCAGAAACUAUGUUGA